AUAUAUUUUCUUGACAUUAUUACAGCAUACUAUUAGGAAACAAUUAAAAUAUAACAUCAUGUGUUGUUAAGUGUGUGUUUAGUUUAAUUUUAAUUAAAACAUAUAAAUGAAUCGACAUCAAAACACUUCUGAAAGUAAAGAUAGGAAUAUAAUCCUGCAAAAAGGCGGAAGUGAAAACGGGAUUUCUCUCUUGCCUCUGGACAUACUCUCCGUAACCAAGGUAACGCUAGCUUUGUUGAAACUGGCUGGCAACAGCGAACAACGUUCAGAUGCUUGAAAACUGUUAUAGCGAACUGACCGAGCUAGCUGUUUGAAAAGUGGCUCGCAGUUACAACUCUGAAUGCAGUUAAUGCUGGUUAAGAUAGUUAAUGUGUCUUUAGCCCGAGCAAACCCCAUUCCUUAGCAUGUUUACUGACGAAGUCGUGGACUCCGUGAGUAUCCAGUCUCUGUGGAGGAAAUCUCAGCAGUCGUCGCAGGAGUCGAGAGGCUGUCAGACCAGAGUGGUGCACAGUGCUGAGGCAGAGGCCCAGACUGUGUCAGCUACCAUCAGCUGUACCCAGACGGAGCCACAGUACCAGGCGACACAGCAGCUCUUUCCAAACCACGAUGAGCUGGAGCCGCCCGGCCUGAAGGACUUCCUGCAGCGGGUUGAAGACACGGUCAUCAGAGAGUUGGUAAAAAAUGCCAAGAGUCAUGCCUUUGAUGGGUUCCAGGUGAACUGGGAAGAUCACAGUCAGCUGGUUUCAUGCCUUCAUUGCCUUCAACAUCCCAGCGCUCACGAAAGAGGUCUUCAUGUAACCAGUGUGUCCUGGAGUUGUACGGGUUCAGUUAUCGUCUGUGCCUACGGUCGGAUUGAUGAUGGAGACUGGAGCACUGAGGGCUCAUGUGUUUGUACAUGGAACCUGGACCGUCGGGCCCUGAACCCCAAGCAAGCCGAUCUGGUCAUAGAUGUUCCCACUGCAGUCACUGCUCUGUGCUGUCACCCCAAACAGCCGGCCCUCAUCGCAGGGGGUCUGUACAGUGGAGAGGUGGUAAUCUGGGACACGAGUCGUACUCAAGACCCUGUGCUGGUUCAAACUGGGAUGUCAGUAGACAGCCACAGAGAGCCUGUUUAUCAGGUUGCCUGGGUACCCAUGCAGAAGAAAGGAGAGUUUGGGGUCCUGAGUGCCAGUUCAGGAGGAAGGGUGCUGAUAUGGACAGUGGACUCAGACCAGGGCAGGUUGGUCCUGAAUUCUGCCUACGCCUUAGUGCGACAGCAGGUUCCCCACAGCAGCAGCAGCAGCUUCAAGGUGAGCCUCAGGAUAAGAGAAAACACGGUAACCAACCAAUCUACACUGUCAGAGAUGUAUUUCAGACUCAAGACAAUGUUAGUCCAUGUUUUGUCUCUCUCUCUCUCUCUCUCAGGUGAGGUGCAGAUAUUCGACCUGGGCCGCAGGUCCCUGAGGCCAGCAGCCACCAUCGAGCAGGGAGACCAAGGCCAAGCUGCAACUUGUUUGGCCUUCAACUGUCAGAACCCUCACCUCUUGGCAGUGGGGAAAACAGAUGGGACAGUUGGUGUUUGGCAGCUGAGCACUGAUUUGACUGAGCAAAGCCCUAGAGAGAGCGCCCAGCUGGAGCAGAUAGCCAAUCAGGUGGCAGAAUGAGAAAACCUGGGACAGUUGAAGACUGCUGCAUGGGACUGAUUUAUUUUAACUGUUUUUUAAAAUAAAUAAAUGAACACUCUAA